AUGGCCUCCCCUAUGCAGCGCUUUGAAAUCCAGGGAGCAACGGAAGAACCCUCAAAUUGGUCAGACUGGAGCAUGGUCGAGGCCGCUCUGCUUGACAGCCAUGACUGGGCCGCCAGCAUGAUCACAAUCAAGGAUUCUGUCCCCCUGAACGAUGAUGGAUCUGCCCGUCCAUUGAUUUUUCGAAAACGGUUCUUCUUACCCUCUAACAGGACAAUCAAAAUGGCCCGACUAUAUGCCACCAGCCAUGGAGUCUACUUUGCACGUCUCAAUAACAAGUCAGUCGGGGACGAGUGUAUGGCACCAGGUUGGCAGAGUUAUAACAAGCGUCUCCACUAUCAAGUUCAUGAUGUUGGGGGCCUCCUUCUGCCUGGUGUUGAAAACGUCCUUCUGCUUGAUGUGGGACCUGGCUGGUUCGCAUCAGCCUUGUCCUGGGUCUGUCGAAGGUUUGUUUACGGCACCGAGCUUGGUAUCCUGGCGCAACUAGAAGUGCAAUUCGACGGAACUGAUGAGCCGUUUAUUGUCUGUACAGACUCUUCCUGGACGGCCACCACUUCAGCUAUUCUGAGUAGCGAGAUCUACAAUGGAGAAGUCUAUGACCAGCAGCGAGCCAUGGAGAUAGGUCGGGCACAUGAUGAGCUGUCCCAGGUCACAUGGAGUGAAACUAGAGUCUCAAACAUCGCUGUUGCACCUCUGACCUCGCCCAACGGGCCACCAGUACGAGUAACGGAACGCCUUCGACCGAAGUCGUUUUUGAAAUCUGCAUCUGGCAAAAUCAUCAUUGAUUUCGGACAAAAUAUCGCCGGUCGACUGUGCAUCAGGCGUCUCCUCAAGCCUGCGGGACACAAAGUCACAUUCCGCCACGCAGAAGUAGUUGAAAACGACGAGCUGGGCACAGGUCCGUUGCGCACAGCGGAAGCGAAAGACACAGUGAUAUGUGCAGGAACAGUCUUGACAGACUGGCACCCCAACUUUACGUUUCAUGGGUUUCGAUUCGUCGAAGUGUCGGGUUGGUCUGAACAGGACGCUGAGACGCCCUUGACGAAGGACAGUGUCGUUGCGGAAGUGAUGCAUUCUGACAUGCGAAGAACGGGUUGGUUUUCCUGCUCCAAUGAUGAGGUUAACCAACUACACAAAAACACGGUGUGGAGUAUGAGGGGGAACUUCCUCAGCGUACCGACUGAAUGUCCUUCUAGAGAUGAGAGACUGGGAUGGACAGGUGAUUUGAAUCUCUUUGCACCAACUGCCACCUUUCUCUAUGAUACUGGCGGGAUUCUGGGAGAUUGGCUGCAGGAUCUGUAUGCCGAUCAAAUGGACAAUCACAAGAACUGGAAGCAAGGAAUGGUACCGCUCUAUGUACCAAAUUGUCUGACAGGACUUGGCCCUGAAGAUGAGGGCUGGCAUCACAUGCAGAAUGGAGUUUGGGGGGACGCCGCAGUCAUGGUACCAUUCCAGCUCUACAUGAUGACAAACGAUAUCAAUAUUCUGUCGCGCCAAUAUGACAGCAUGAAGCAGUACCUUGAAAAGGUUGUCCGGCGCGGUGAAGAUGGUCUUUGGGAUCCCUAUCAAUGGCAGUUUGGCGACUGGUUGGACCCCUCUGCGCCGCCCAAUAACUCGGGAAGAGGUCGGACAGAUGGUACCUUUGUCGCAGACUGUUUCCUGAUCGAGUCGACGGAGAGAAUGGCCUUCAUCUCCGAAGAGCUCCAGAAAUCGGACGAUUUUUCUGACUUUGGUGCUGCUCACUCCCAGCUAUUGAUGGCUUUUCAAGCGAAAUAUGUGACACCUGCAGGGCUUCUGGCCCCUGACACGCCCACAGCACAUGCGCUCGCCAUCGCCUUUGACCUCCUGCCUUCCGACGAGAGAUCUCAUUUCGUGGCAAGUGAACAAGCAACAGCCGCGCGCCUCUCCCGUGCCCUUCGUUUUGACGACUUCUGCAUCUCAACCGGCUUUGUCGGCACCGCCUUUCUGCUCCCCAGCCUCACGAAGUCCUACCAGGACGCGCUAGCGUACCAAAUGCUUCUGUCACGAUCCACUCCCUCACUGCUCUAUCCAGUCCGCAUGGGCGCAACGACGACAUGGGAGCGUUGGGAUAGUCUUAAGCCUGAUGGCCGUAUCAACGAAGCCAGCAUGACAAGUUUUAAUCAUCACGCGCUGGGUUCUGUCACAAGUUGGUUGCACGAGAGCGUUGGUGGGAUCAAGCCCGACAGGCCUGGUUGGAGAAACGUCCUGAUUGAGCCGUGCGUUAACCGAAUGCUCUCGUAUGCUGAAAUCAUCUACGAGUCUGUCUAUGGACGUAUAGAAUGUCGCUGGAAGCUGGAUGGCAACACAUUCAGCAUGGACGUUACGGUGCCCCCAAACGCUCGCGCCUGCAUUGUCUUGCCUGAAGUGCGUGAUAAACAGGCUCAAGGUCUGGAAGUUGAUGGUUGCUGGGUGGGUUCCGGACGAUACCAUUUCAAAAGCGAGUAUACACGAGCUGAUCAUCCUGUCGAAGCCAUCCUUCCGCCCUGGGGAAGGUCGAGUUUCUGA